CCUCAGCGCCGGUCUGUGGGGUGUCGGGGCUGCGGGGACCCCGAGCUCUGGGGGCGAGCGCGGCUCGGGCUCCUCUCCUCUCCUCGGGCGUGCGUUGUGCCGCCGGGCCGACGCCUGGCACCUGUGAGCCUUGGCCCGUGUCUUGGGGCGGUGUGGGACAGUGCCGGCUCGUCUGACGAGUCGUGUUUUCCAGCCGUUGGCUUGUGAGAUUGGAGGCUAGGAGCAAAGCAACGGGAAUACGGAACCCUGCUACUUCGUUUCUCGCAAACUCUUGAAUGCUCUUCGCAGCCCUUCCUGUGGCAGCUUAGAAGCGAAUGCUUAGCGGUGUGUAUGGGCAGUAACAUUGAUUCUGAGAAAUGGAUAACAGCAUUUGUCAAGUUUAUGAAGAUGAAAUCCAGUCACUGGAAGAAGAAAUUAAACUAUUGGCUGAAAAGUAUGAAGAUAGCCAACAAGAAUCCACCUUUUUUUCUGAUGAGGAGAUAUUAAUGUCAAUAAAAUCAUUCCAAAGAGAAUCUGAGGGACAUGAAUCUUUAUCAGACCUGAUAACUCAACUUGAAAGCCUAGAAACAGAUCUCUCAUUUUUAAAGAAAUUUACUGGUAUUCAGUUCACAAGCCAUUUCAAGGAAAUAGUGGAAAAAACUACAAACAGAACAGUGCGGAAGCACAGAUUAUCAGGGAAUUGCUAUUCCCUGUCUUUUCAGUUGGAAUUCCAGCUGCUUGAAAUGCAGAACAAAGAGAAUGUGUCUGCUGUUGUUACUGAUCUCGGGAUUAUAAUGGAAUCUGGAGAAGAUUCAGAUAUGAGCAAGUUUGUGUCAAGUACUGAAGAACAUGGAAAUCUCUUAAGAUUUUUCAGAAGCCUUUCAUCUUAUGCUGAGUGGUAUGAACAUCGUAGGUGCACCUUCCUACAUUUCAAGGGCAAAUAUCCUGACAUUGUAACCCUUCCGGAAGGACUGCUGGGGGAUUAUAUAGUUCUAAGGAACCCUAAACAUUCUGGGUUUGAAUUAAUGAUUGUCUGGAAGAUACAUAUAGAUGAAGAAGGGAGAACUACGCCUGUUCUGGACCUUCUGACUAAAGUACCAGAGCAAGUCUUGGAGCAGAAGAUGGCAACUAUUGAAAAUGCACCCACCUGCUUCCGAAGCAUGCUGCUUCUGUUUGGGAUUGAGACAGCUCUCGAGAAUCUGAUCAAAGUGGUUGGCUUGGAAAAAUGAAUAGCAGCAUGACUUACAACAGAGCUUACACCUGCUUGUACUUUUAGCCACAUAUGAAGAACGAUGCACCC